AAAACACAAAAUGCAAAAGGCAAAAACAAACAGAAAGACAACCAAAAAGGAGCACAUAUUACCACACAGCACCUUCAGAUCUGUUGACCAAACCAAUUUUGAGAAAUGGACGGAGCUGGACCGGGACAGCCGGCCGACACUGAGAUGGAAGAGGCGGCGGUGCCAGCACCUGCGCCGGCUGACCCGCAACAACACCAUCAGCAGCAGCAGGUGUCUCCAACCGGUGGCGUGGAGAAUAUUCCGGCUACACUCAGCCAUGGAGGGAGGUUCAUACAGUACAACAUAUUCGGUAACAUAUUCGAAGUCACGGCAAAGUAUAAGCCUCCUAUCAUGCCAAUCGGCAAGGGCGCCUACGGCAUUGUUUGUUCGGCACUGAAUUCAGAGACGGGUGAACAUGUGGCAAUAAAGAAGAUAGCUAAUGCUUUUGACAAUAAAAUCGAUGCCAAGAGGACUUUGCGCGAGAUCAAGUUGCUUAGGCAUAUGGAUCAUGAAAACGUUGUUGCAAUCAGGGAUAUAAUCCCCCCACCCCAAAGGGAAUCAUUUAAUGAUGUUUACAUAGCAUAUGAGCUGAUGGACACUGAUCUGCACCAGAUUAUUCGUUCCAAUCAAGCAUUAUCAGAGGAGCACUGCCAGUAUUUCCUGUAUCAAAUUCUCCGUGGAUUGAAAUACAUACAUUCUGCAAAUGUUCUGCACAGAGAUUUAAAACCAAGCAAUCUUCUGCUGAAUGCAAAUUGUGAUCUAAAGAUAUGUGAUUUUGGUCUGGCUCGUGUGACCUCAGAAACUGAUUUCAUGACAGAAUAUGUUGUUACAAGAUGGUAUCGUGCACCAGAACUGCUAUUGAACUCUUCAGAUUACACUGCGGCUAUUGACGUAUGGUCAGUGGGUUGUAUUUUCAUGGAGUUGAUGGAUCGGAAGCCCCUAUUUCCUGGCAGAGAUCAUGUGCAUCAGCUUCAUUUGCUUAUGGAGUUAAUUGGCACUCCAUCAGAGGCUGAGUUGGGGUUUUUGAAUGAAAAUGCAAAGAGAUACAUUCGGCAACUUCGUCUUUAUCGUCGUCAAUCUUUCACUGAGAAGUUUCCAACUAUCCACCCUGCAGCUAUUGAUCUUGUUGAAAAGAUGUUAACAUUUGAUCCUAGACAGAGGAUUACAGUUGAGGAUGCGCUUGCUCAUCCCUACCUAACAUCACUUCAUGACAUCAGCGAUGAGCCAGUCUGCAUGACUCCCUUCAGCUUCGACUUUGAGCAGCAUGCAUUGACCGAAGAACAGAUGAAGGAGCUGAUUUAUGGGGAGGCUCUUGCAUUUAACCCUGAGUAUCAGCACCAAUGAUAAUAAGCGUUAAUGAUAUCUAUCCAUUGUGAAUCUUGAUAUCAGUGUGGUUUCUGUUACUUGCAUGUUUUAGGUGAUAUUUAUUUCUUCUUGUAUAUAUGUUCCACCAAAACUGGGUGGUUCUUGAUUGAUAUAUUUAUUAUGGGCUGAACUCAGGGACAAAGAACAAAAGAAAUGGUGUUUGUAUCUGCUGUCUUGCUUAUUGUGUGCUCCUUUAAUGAAUUUCUCUUUUAUCUCUA